GGAAUGUUUGAUGAUUGCCACAAACUUGCCUGCCUUGCUAACUAACCGUUGUAGAUUUAACAGAUUAAUGCUGUUUCAUUAUCAUGAAAUAAGAAGGUAUGAGCGAUGUUUGCGUUUUUGGAUUUCUAAAGGCAUUUUAGUUUUGUUUGCUGCAAAAUUAGUAGACCCAGGUCACAUAACAGAGCAUAGCGUGAUACCUCACAUGGCAUUGAUGCUGCAUGUUACUUUGCUUUGCAUAGUUUAUUACUUGCUGAUGCUGAACCAUGGACAAGGAAAUUAACAUCACUAUUGAAACGUCAUGUUUGAAGAUGAGAUGGAACUUGAACGAAACGAUUCGAAAGAGACAUGUGAAGAGAGCUGGAGGUUAAUCUCCAAGCUCAGGAAAGACCUUGCGCCCGAUAAACUACGUAACAUAGUUAAUAGAUUCGGUCUACCAAGUAGUGGUAGUAAUGAUAAUUCGAAAAAGAUGUUUCUAACCAGCUCAUCCCAAUUUGGCAUGCCAUCUGUUCAAACAACCAAGUGGUUGACAAUGGCUGAUAUUAAAGUUCAAGCGGUCAAAGAGGUUUGUUAUGAAGUGGCUUUGAAUGGAUUUAAGCAAACUCGAAAUGAAAUUGAAGCAGCCUGCUUGUUCUGCUUGCAAAAACUUUGCCAACAAUGUGGAAAACGUGAUCCGAAACCAAAUGAAACUUGGAGAUCUGUAGCUCGAGAUGUGAUGGACACUAUUGGGUUUUUUGGAGAUCAGCAUGCAGUUAAAACUAAUGCUACAAACGCCCAACAAACACAGCAUGUUAUUGAUUCCGAGUUCUUGGAGCAGUUUGAACGUACAGAGGUGGUUAAAGAGGUUGUGAAGAAUAUGGUUGAAGCUGUUGUUAAGCAAGAAGAGGAGGACAAUAUAUUACCUAACACUGCUUGUGAUCAGCCUGUAGAAAACAAAAGUCAUCAGGAUGUAGAAGAGUUGAAAAGAAAUAUGUCAAACCUUGUUGAUAUGCUGCAAGGUGUUAAGUUGGAAAAUGAAUCAAAGCAAGAAGAAAUUCGUGAAAUGAAAUCAAAGAUGGAAGAAAUGGAAAAAGCUCUUUCAGAGAAUGCUGAUUAUGGAAAGUCGUUACUAAUGAGAGAAUUCGUCAAUUCAAAACUCUCGGAAUCCAGCUCUGAGAAAGAUUACAAAAGUGGACAUCGUGUUGGUAGCGUAUCAGGGAGUAGCAAGGGGAGGAGUGAAGUGUCAUCUCAAUCUACAUUUUCACCGAAUUAUAUUAAAUCGGAUGACUUCAGUCAGCCGUCUCCUGGUGUGGUUGUGCCUGAGUGGAUUGAAACUAAAGAAGAUAAGAUCAAGUGGUUGAUGGAUAAUGAUGUUGCGUUCCGCAGAGGAAGACUAAGAUGGGAAGCUCAGCAGAAAAGACACCAAGCAAAUUUAAAGAUGCAAGAAAUAAAUAAAGAAAAAAGAAGAAUGAGUAGAGAAGGCAAGAAUCAAGAUGGAGUUACUCCAAGGUUUUCAUUUAAAAGCUCAUAUCAAGCACAGCAGAGUAAAACUGAAGGUAAACUAACACCAAAGAAAUAUUUUGAAGGACCAAGACGAAAGACAUGUUCUUCUAUAAGAGAGUUGAAUACAGAAGACAAUGAAGAUAAUAAUGCUACCACUAAUGAUCAGCAACUUGUUGAACAAAAUAAAGCAUUGCCCGAUAAAAAUGUAGCUGAAAAUGGACCCACAGUACCUAUAUUUACAAAGCAAAAUAAUGAUGUAAAGAAAGCUAAUGGAAAUACUGAUAUCUCGCACAAUAUGCCUGGUAACCCACCAGUGCAAAUGAGAAUCAGAAAUGGCAAUAAAGGCAGCCAUGGUAGAGGUGGUCGGCCUGCUUAUUACACACAACGUAGAAAAACCUGGUGCAAUUUUCAAAACUCAAGCGCUCCAAAUAUGUUUAAUCCAUUUCCAAACAACUACAUAAGGAAUUUAGCCCCACCACCCAUCAGAGGGCGUGCUAUACAACAAGAUAUAGGAAACUAUUGCCCAAUUAUUCCAAACCAACAGUGGAAUGGACUGACAACUUAUAAUCAGCAUUGGAAUACAACUCCACAGAAUCAAUUUGGAAAUAUUCUGCCACAAAGUAUAGAUAGAAAAGGAACUACAUAUUACAACCAACCACCCAAGUUACCAGCAGCAUUUACAAACCCACAAGCUUUCUGUGAAAGUCAAGUCCCUUUCACAAACUCAUAUCAUGUCAACUAUACACAACCAUACAGCCAGCACAUUGAGAAACAGUCAAUGGUUGAUAGAAGUAAUACAGCCCAACCACAGUUCUUCAUAGGGAAUGCCUACUCACCAGCUAAAUAUAUCUAUGAUCCGUUACCACCACAGAUAUUUCACAACCCAUUGAAUGAUUCCCUCCCUCCUGCUGUUCCACGAACACCCCAGCCAACUCGUGCUAAUGAUUCACCACCUUACAUGUCAACUGCAAGAAGUAGUACUGAGCUGCAACAGCUAAACAAGUCAAAACAAAGUUAUGAAGAAUCAAAUUCACUUUCUACACCCCAAACACCAGAGCCAAACAAACGAAGAAAACCAGAUUUUCAAAAGAUUUAUGAACCACCUUUUCGCCGUCAAAUUCUUACAAAACAACCACAAAUGUCAUGGGAGUAGUUGGAAACCAACAUAAUCCUAAACUUAGCUGGACAACGCUUUUACACUGAUGUAUGCAGUCAGACCUUAACACAAUAAAUUAAAUUUAUUUCUUCAAUUAUCCAUAGUUGAAAUCAUCUGGGUAUUAUGUAUGUUUUUGUUGUUAAUUUGGCCGUAGAAUUAAUUUAAACCCUUUAUCAUAUAGCUGGGUUUCCUGUUAUUCUCUUGCUGACUGAAUGCAUGUCUUCCAUUACAUCAGCAUAAACUCACUGUCCUGGUUGUAUCAGCAUAAUAAGGAUCUGCUUAACCUAAUACCUAGAUGAAUUACACAAUGCUUGCACAUUUGAUUUACCUAUUUUAGUAUCAUUUGUUUUAUUGUCUACACCACGUGUAAACAAUGUAUGUUCGGUGCUUUUAAGUUGGUUUUAACUUAAAUUUAGGUAUAGCUAAAAUAUUAACUUUUGUAUUUAACUAGAUCAUUAUAACACCUAUAUUAGAAGAUGUAGUAACUACUAACUAGUAAGUGGCCCUGUUGUUGUUUGUAUUUUUGAUAUUGACCUACAAGUGCUUUAGUAUAUUGUGCCUUGGCUGUGUGUGUUUGCCUUUAUUUGACAUAUGUUUGUUUUAUCAAUCCCUAGAGCAACAUAUUGUGUGCUAUAUUACAUAAUGCAUGUAUUUCCUGUUUCAAACGUAGAAGUGUUCCACAAAUCCAUGACUUGCGUAGGCUAUUUAAUUUAAACAAAGUUUUGAAAAAAUUUCAUCAGACAUUUUCAGUCAAUUAAUUCUUACAGUGGUUUUA